CCACGAUCCUUUUUGUAGCAUUUUCUCUCUGGUUUCGAUUCAAUCAAUUUUUUUGUUUUUUGAAAUAGCAGAUCAGAAUCGGAGAUAGAUCCAUCGAUCGAAUCAAUAACGGCGUCGGCGAUCAUGGAGGAAAGUUGGGGCAAACUCGAUGAUGAAGCAGCUAUAAACCUCACUGAGAUGAUGCAUUUGAAAAGGCAAGGGCAAAGCAGCGAGUAUGCCGCUAACAGACUUUGUUUGCACGGACAAGGACUGCCACCAUCGCCUAAUACCCAAGAUGCUGCAGCUCACAUCAAAGUGGGAUCCUAUUACGAAAUCGAUCACUCAAAGCUCCCUGCACAAACCCCAGAUCAACUCAAGCCAAUCCGGAUCAUCAUGGUGAGCAAGAAAUCAAAGUACAACGUGUCGCUGAGGUUCCCCAGCUUGUUCUCUCUCCGAGCUCACUUCAGAGAUGAAAAUCUAGGGAAGCCAGAGGGAAAGAUGUUACCGUCUCUUGAUGAGAAGUAUGUUAUGGGGUCGGAACUGGCCGGGGAAGUUCUCUACAGGAGAAUCCGACCUCAUGAAAUUGCGGUUCAAAGAAACCUAUGGAGCUUCUGGGUGGUUCCUUCAUUAAGGAAGCCUUACAAAGAUAAGCCCUGGUGCCUUAACCCAGCUAUCAACACCUGCUAUGUGAGCAUGGUUGCUAAGAAGGGCUCGCUCUUGUCCGAGUUGAAAUCCACAGGGAUGAUUAGGUGGGGCAAGCGCCGGCAGGUUCGGUUUUUGCGCCGACACGUUGAGCAGCAAAAGGAACAGAUUAAGUCAAGCAACAGUAAAGAUGAAGAGGAAGAGAAAGAGCUAGACAAUGAACAAUCUGAGGAUGAGGAUAAAGGGGAGGAGAAGGAAGAAGAAGAAGAAGAAGAAGAAGAAGAGACAACGUCGGAAAAGAGUGACAAAGAAAAUGUGGAGACAGAUGAUGAAUCGGAUGAGAAGGGGAAGGCCCAGAGAAAGAGGAAGGUGCGUCAAUGUAGCUACAGAACCGAAGAGACCAAGAAAGCAAAGCGUGUGAAGCAGAAUCAAAUCAAUGCUUCGAAGCAGAGUAAAAGGAAAGUACUCAAGAAAUCCAUUAGCAGAUGGUCUUUAGAGAGAUAUAAGUUAGCGGAAAGGAAUAUGUUGAAAAUUUUGAAGGAGAAAGGUGCAGUGUUUGGGAACGCAAUACUCAGGCCAGCUCUCAGAACAGAAGCUCGGAAGUUGAUUGGUGACACCGGCCUGUUGGAUCAUUUGCUCAAGCAUAUGGCUGGAAAGGUGGCCCCAGGCGGAGAAGAAAGAUUCAGGAGGCGGCAUAAUGCAGAUGGGGCAAUGGAGUACUGGUUAGAAAAGGCUGACUUGUUGAACAUUAGGAAGGAAGCUGGGGUGCAGGAUCCUUAUUGGAUUCCACCACCAGGAUGGAAGCUUGGUGACCACCCUACCCAGGACCCUAUUUGUGCCAGAGAGCUCAAGGAGAUUAGAGAAGAGAUGGCCAAACUGAAAAGAGAGGUGCAAUACCUGGGGACCAAGAAGCAACAGGAAGAUCUAGCUAUUGUCUCCACCCCAGAUUCUUCUUUAGCAAGUGAAAUCAUGGGGAAUAAUUCCUUAUUACUUCCUUUGAAGGAAAGGUAUAUUGAUUUGGUGAAUAAGAAAACUAAAAUUGAGGAACAGCUUAUGGAAAUUUCACAAUCUUUGCGUGAAAUGGAGGAAGAAAUGGGGAGACUAAAAUCAGUAGUGGAAGAACAAAACAAGCCAGCAUCAGAGGAAAUGCUACGGGAUUCAAUACAGCCUCGGUCGACGUGCGCUGAAAGAAAGACAACAGAGUUGAUGCAUAAGGAAAAGGAAAAGGGGGCAAAAUCAGGGGAGGAACAGAACAUUAGUCAGAUCGAAGAAGAAACCCAACCACCAGCACCAGCAACGAUAACAAAAGCAGUGGAAACGACGGAGAACAAAGCAGCAAAGAUAGAAAGGCUGAAGAGUGGAUUCAGGAUAUGCAAGCCACAGGGGAGCUUCCUCUGGCCAAACAUGGCCCUGUCUCCACAGGUUGUGGUCCCACUCGGUGGCCUCCUUGCGGUCCACAAUCCACCUUCUGUCUCCUCCUCCACCGCAUCAGAACAACAACGCCCCAAUUCAACGGUCAAACCAUUGGCUGAGUGGCGGCCAGUGAAUGUCUCUUCAUCACCCAAAUCUGUCAAAGCCACUCCUCCACCAAGCCCUCGUCUGCCUUCUCCUGAGACCACCCCAACUACUAUCAUUACCACCAAAACCACUCUCAUCAACCUCAAUGAAAUCCCUGGAAACAACAAUAAAACUAGAAUUUUUGGCUCUUCAAAUCCUAGUCACAGCACAGCCUCUGCAGUCACCUACCAAAGAAGACAUCAGAAUGUAAUCACUUCCAUCACUAUGCCACAUUUGGUGCCUGCUAAGAAAGAGAAUAAAAUGGGGCAACUGAAUGGAGGUGAUUCUCAGCAGCAAAGGAGAUGCUCUGCUUCAUCUCCAUCCAAGUCAGUUGGAGCAAAAACAUGGUGGGCUCUUCCUAACUCUAGCUCUUCAUUGAACAACAAUUAGUAGUAAAAUAUCCAAUAGACCUCAUCACAUUUUAAACUAUUAUUAAUUAGAAUUCAUUGAUAACAUUCGAAGAAAGAUGGGUUUUAUUUUAUCUUGAGAUUUAAAUUGUUCUUAGAUGCUGCUGGUAAAUGCUUUUGGCUUCAGACAUUGUCUUAUUAUAUAAUCUACUUCCAAGCAUGUAAAACAAAAUUAUAUAUGGAUUACAUAAUUGACAAACAACUUUUUGCUUUUGGAGAUUAAUAUAUAGAUCUCAAGCUUUUUCUUUGGCUUCAUUUGCACUUUUUUCUUUGUUUGAAAUGAAGUUUUAAGUCAUGA